UUCUGUUCUUUUGUUUGGUUUUGUCUGUGUCCGUGUUUGAAAAUAUGGGACAGUCCUUAAUUACCCCUUUGAGUCUAACUUUACAGCACUGGAGGGACGUCCAGGACAUUGCGAACAACCAGUCCGUGGAAGUCCGAAAAAGGCGUUGGGUCACUUUCUGUUCGUCUGAAUGGCCCACGUUUAACGUGGGCUGGCCGAGGGAUGGUACAUUCGACCUUACUAAUAUUUCACAGGUCAAAGCCAAAGUGAUGGACCCCGGCCCUCAUGGGCACCCAGACCAAGUUGCCUACAUCGUGACUUGGGAAGCAAUGGCAUAUGAUCCACCACCAUGGGUUAAGCCUUUUGUCCCUCCCACACCCCCACUUCCUCCGUCUGCUCCCUCCUUACCCCCUCCACUCCUCCCCACUCCAACAGGACCCCCAUCCCGCUCAUCUCUAUAUCCGACUCUUACUGACCCCUCAAAAAUCAAACCUCCUCCUCCGCAGGUUCUGCCCGCGGGGGAUGACCUAUUGGUAGACCUCCUCACGGAGGACCCCCCUCCCUACCGAGAACAGGCCCUCCCGCCUCAGGUGGCCGACUCGACCGAUGAAAACGAGGGGCCUGCCGCGCCAUCUCCCGCUGCUCCGUCCCCCAUGGCAGCCCGCUUAAGGGGACGGCGAGACCAGCAGCUGGCCGCGGAUUCUACUUCCUCUCAGGCAUUCCCUCUCCGGACCGGAGGAAAUGGCCAACUACAAUACUGGCCGUUCUCCUCCUCCGACCUAUAUAACUGGAAAAAUAACAAUCCCUCUUUUUCUGAAGACCCAGUUAGGCUGACUGCUCUAAUUGAGUCGGUCCUGAUUACUCAUCAGCCCACCUGGGAUGAUUGCCAACAAUUACUGCAGACUUUGCUGACUUCGGAGGAGAAGCAGAGAGUCCUCCUGGAGGCUCGAAAGGCGGUUCGGGGAACAAACGGACGUCCCACCCAGCUGCCUAAUGAAAUAGAUGCCGCUUUUCCCCUCGAACGUCCCAACUGGGACUUCACCACCCAGGAAGGUAGGAAUCACCUAAUUCUCUAUCGCCAGUUGCUCAUAGCGGGUCUCCAUGGGGCAGGCCGACGCCCCACCAACCUGGCUAAAGUUAAACAGGUAUUGCAGGGACCAGGAGAAACUCCCUCAGCGUUCUUAGAGCGACUCAAAGAAGCCUAUCGUAGAUACACCCCUUAUGACCCAGAAGAUCCAGGGCAAGAAACUAGCGUAGCUAUGUCUUUCAUUUGGCAAUCUGCUCCGGAUAUCAAACGCAGACUCGAGCACCUAGAAAACUUAAGGGAGAGUUCGCUCAGGGACCUACUAAAGGAGGUCAAUGCUGGAAAAUCCAAAUUCGGGACAGGAAUCCGGGUACGAGGACACCGACCAGGUACCCAUUGGGAAAUUGAUUUCACUGAAAUUAAGCCUGGACAAUAUGGAUACAAAUAUCUGUUGGUAUUUGUUGACACCUUCUCCGGAUGGGUAGAAGCCUACCCGACCAAACAUGAAACAGCCAAGAUAGUGACCAAGAAGCUGUUGGAAGAGAUUUUCCCCAGGUACGGCAUGCCCCAGGUACUGGGAACCGACAAUGGGCCCGCCUUUGUCUCCCAGACUUUGCUAACAGUCCCUCUUUGCAAGCUCACUUACAGGCACUCCAGGCCGUGCAGAGAGAAGUCUGGAAGCCACUUGCUGCCGCUUACAAAGACCAGCUGGACAGACCAGUGA